AUGUCAACCGCCGCGCCGCCCGCCCAGCCCACGAACCCGCUGAAGCUCGACCCCAAGUACGACGACUACGACUUCCCCACGACCGCGCCCGAUGCGAAGCCCGGUCAUCCCGGCUACACCACGCCCGAGCAGGACGCCCAGGUGGCCCAGCUGCGCAUGAUGCUGGAGGCCCUGGGCUACACGGACCGUCUGGACACGCUGACGCUGCUGCGCUUUCUGCGUGCGCGCAAGUUCAAUGUCGAGGCGGCGAAGAAUAUGUUUGUUGCGUGCGAGCAGUGGAGAAAGGAGUUUGGAACCGACUCGCUGGUGAGGGACUUUGAUUAUACGGAGAAGGAGCAGAUGUUUGCCUAUUAUCCGCAGUACUAUCAUAAGACUGACAAGGAUGGACGGCCAGUGUACAUCGAGCAACUGGGCAAAAUCGACCUUACCGCCAUGUACAAGAUCACCACGAGCGACCGCAUGCUUAAGAACCUGGUGUGCGAGUACGAGAAGCUGGCCGACCCGCGGCUGCCGGCGUGCGCGCGCAAGUCCGGGCACCUCCUCGAGACGUGCUGCUCGAUCAUGGACCUCAAGGGCGUGGGCAUCUCCAACGCCACGUCGGUCUUCGGCUACAUCAAGCAGGCGUCGGCGAUCUCGCAGAACUACUACCCGGAGCGGCUGGGCAAGCUGUACCUCAUCAACGCGCCGUGGGGCUUCAGCACCGUGUUCAGCGUCGUCAAGGGCUUCCUCGACCCCGUCACCGUCAACAAGAUCCACGUGCUCGGCUCCGGCUACGAGCAGGAGCUCCUCGCCCAGGUACCCGCCGAGAACCUGCCCAAGCAGUUCGGCGGCAAGUGUGAGUGUGCCGGCGGCUGCCAGAUGAGCGAUAUGGGCCCGUGGCGUGAGCAGCAGUGGGCCCGCCCGCCCAAGUGGGAGAAGAAGGAAGAGGCCGAGAAGAAGGAUGCCGCCCCCGCUGCUGUUGCGGCCCCCGCUGAAGCUGCUCCCGCCGCGCCAGUUGAGGCCCCUGCUGCGGUUCCUCCUCCUGCUGCUGCUGCCGCCGCCGCCGCCCCUGCGCCAGCGCCCGCUGCGGCUCCCGCUGCCACUGCUGUCCCGGUCCCGGAGCAGCAGAAAGAUCAGACUGCUGCUUAG